GGUCCGGGCAGACCAUGCUCGACACAAGUAAUAGGGGUAGUCAAAAGAAAACGGAAUGCGGUAUUUAAUGCUGCAGUUACGGAGAAACCUAGGAUAAAAAGCCGCAUAAUUCUCAGCGAGGCGUCUAUGGACGUCCUCGGGUCCAGCAAGAGAAAAAUAAAAUGCAAAGCAAAUCUGUGUUUUAUUUGUAUACGACAGACUCACGUUUUAAAGGCAAUCCCCUCGGGACAUUUACCACUGCUUUUGGGCCCCGCACUUUUCAAGGACUUGUUCUUGAUUAAGUUUAAAAACCACCCGAAGGUGAGAGCUAAGGAGUGUCUGUUCCAGUAUUUCCUGCAUUGCCUGCCUGGCCCCCUCCCUCCACAGUGACCUCUGUAGCGAUCUCUAUUUCCGCGUUCACCUGUUGCCGGCUAUGUCUCAGCCAGGGGCCGAGAACCAGGCAGCUUCCCCCGCCUGCCUCAGCUGCUCGGCUCCCGGGCAGGGGUCGAGCCAGCCACAGUGCACCUGCCUCCGAGAGGGGAGCCCGGAGCUCGCCGCCCCGCCGGCGCUGGAGAGCGGCGUGUGCCCGGUUCACCGAGCCCGGGCAGACUGGUUCUGCUUCACCGAGGGCAAGGCGGUGUGCGCCCGCUGUGUCAUCCCGGGAGCCUGCAGCGACCACCUGGGCGCGGGCAUCGGGCAGGCGGCCGACUGCAUGAGGAAUAAGGUGGUUGAUGUUUGUGAAAAAUUGCAGCUGAAAAUAGCCUCUGUGCAGAGGUUCAUGGCAGAGACUUUGAACAGUAAAGACCAUCGCGUUAAAGAAAGUGCCAGUGGUUCCAGGGAGGUGAUCAUCCAACGCUUGAACUUUAUUCGUGAUGUUUGUGAGAAUGAGGAGCAGCGAGUGUUGGAUGUGAUCCACGACGAGGAGGAACGAGUGCAGCAGAGCAUCUUAACCCAAAAGACCUAUUGGAUGGAGGCCCACCAAAAGCUAGUGGACAUUAAAGAUUAUUUGGUGGACACACUGACUAGAAUGGAUGAUGGGGUGCUUAUGAAACACCAGAAGGAAAUAUUUGAAAGAGCGGAGGAAGCAGAGGGGAUUCUGGAACCCAAGGACUCAAACAAACUGAACUUCAACCUUGCCUGUGCUCACAGCGACCUCCUUAGUAGCCUUUGGGCAUCUGCGGUCAUGAUCUGUGUUGCAGGCACCAAGAACCUUCACAUUGAUGAGAAGACAUUGCACUCAUCCUUGGCACUGUCGGAAAAUAAAAAGAGGCUGACGUUUGCAAACAAGAAGGUCUACUUCUACCCAGACUGCCCUGAGCGCUUUGACCAUUGGCCCAACGCCCUGGGACUGGAGCCUAUCCAAAGUGGACUUCACACCUGGAGAGUGGAAGUGGAGAAAAGUGGAGCCUAUAAAGUGGGGUUGGCUUACGGCUCUCUUCCACGCAAAGGCGCCGGCCAUGAAUGCCGGCUCGGAUAUAACCCAUCCUCCUGGGUCUUUUCCCGGUAUGAUGAAGAAUACACGGUGGCCCACAAUGGGCAGAUGAAGACCCUGGACCUACUGAGGCGUCCAGCAGUGAUUGGUGUGCUGGUAGACUAUGAAGGAGGUGAAAUCCUUUUCUAUGACCCUGACACCUAUGCCAUCUUGCAUUGUUACAGAACAAAGUUCACUCAACCUAUAUAUGCAGCUUUGGCAGUAGCAAAUGAAAGUAUUGCAAUAAUCUAGUAGUAGGUGGGUGGAUUGUUUCAUCAAAUGGUAUCCCUAAUUCUCAUCUAAUAUUUUGGCUUUGGAAUUCCUUAUUCCUGAAGGAAUUCUGAUAUAAUAGUCUAGAAGUCAGCAACCUUGCCGAAACUAGUUUCAACUGACCCUCAAACACAGAGAUGCUUCAUCUAUGGAUCAGAGUUUGGAUAAGAUGUCGACAGUGUCAACAUUUUAAUUAACUAGUGAAAGGUUGGGUUGUACUUUCUGAUUAAAAUUGCCCUCUUAAAAUCAAAAUGAUUUUCUUGCUGGUGUAAUUCCUAAUAAAAGUCAUUCUUGGGACAUGACGAGUCUGGUCAGGAUAGGAUUUUCUCCUCAUCCGUGGUGGCAAGCUUCUUUAUUGAUAAAAUGGUAUUGGAUCAAAGCAAGUGAUGGUGUAGAUAGGAGCUUACCCCCCUCCCCCGACCCCACUACCAGACCAGGUUAGACAGGGACAACAGAUUUCUUUCCCUAAAGCAAUUAGUGAACCAACAAAUAAGAAUCAGAUUUAAUAUCACCAGCAUAUUCUGCAAAAUUUGGUUUUUCCGUGGCAAUAGUAUAGUGCAAUACCUAAUAAUAGAGAAAAAAACUGAAUUACACUAUAUAUAUAUGUUAGUUAAAUUAAAUACAUAGUGCAAAAAUGAAGUAGUGUUCAUGGGUCCAAUGUCCGUUCAGAAUCGGAUGGCAGAAGGGAAGAAGCUGCUCCUAAAUCACUGAGUGUGCAUCUUCAGGCUCCUGUACCUCCUCCCUGAUGGUAGCAAUGAGAACAGGACAUGCCCUGGGUGAUGAGUGUCCUUGAUGGAUGGAGGCACUGCUCCUUGAAGAUGUCCUGGAUACUAUGGAGUUGUUAUCUUGUGUCAAUAUUUCCAAAGCUAUAUUGAUGUUGGCAGCUUUUUUAUUUUCCAGGUUUAGAAGUGAUCAACUUCCUGUGAAAUGAACUUGUUCAUGAGAUUAUUAACCCAGUUAUCAAUCUGCUUCAGUGAAAGCAUCUAAGAUCCUUGAGAGUAAAUGUUGACAGGACAUUUAACUGUUAGGGACUUCCGGGAAGGAGGAGUCUUUGGAUAACGAGAAUAGACAUCAGUGGAAGUUCAUCCUCCUCAAAUGAGCUUGGUGUGAUGGUCACAAUCCUACCUGAGUCACGUGGUACCUGCUGGUGACUGUUAAUCCAAACCUGGUAGCUGGCAACAGUCGUGAAGUUUUCAGGAAGGGCAGACAUGUUUUAUAUUCAGACAAGGUCACAGUUAGUGUAGGACUCAGAACUUCCAGACUCGUUUGAGUUCACUGCAAUGUUUAGGUCUUAUUUCCAUGUGACCAAGUGAUCGUGAGUGGGAGAGGCUAGAGAGAUGAACAGCGUCUCUCUAUUCCAGUUCUUUCAUGCAUGUCCAAAGUCACAGCUCAAUGAUCCACGAUAGAGAGUUAGGAUGUGAAACUAAUGUUAUGUUGCUUCCCUCACUAUGCCUCUAUCUCUGUCUCUCUGUCCCUCUUUCUUUCCCUUCAGUUCUUGCACGUCACACUUCUCCCCCAUCCUCAUGACCCACCCAUCACCUUUCUCUGGUUCCCAACCUCCUUCCCUUUAUUCCACUAUUCACUGUCCUCUCCUAUUUGAUUCCUUUUUCUUCAGCCCUUUACCUUUGCUGCCUAUCACCUCCCAGCUUCUUUCGUCACCCACCUUCUCAUCCGGUCUCAUCCACCAGCUGCCAGCUUGUACUCCUUCCCCUCCCCCCUUCCUUUCCACUCUUGAUCUAAAGCAGCAACGAGCUCCCUCCAUUGAUGCCCUGUGACCUGCUGAGUUCCUCCAGCAUUUUGUGUGUGUUGCUCAAGAUUUCCAGCAUCUGCAGAAUCUCUCGUGUCUAUGUCAUACUGUCAGAUCAUUUAGAGGGAUUUAGAGAGGGAUGGGUCAACCCUCUAGGGAUUGAACUGGAAUCUGCAGGAACUUAAAUAAUGCUCUGCACAGCACAAGGAAAAAUUUAAUAGGUGUAGCUAAAUAUAUAUGUAUUUACCUCUUGGUUGUGAGUAGGUCGGUGGGAAGGGCAAGGAGAUGUGGUGGGACACUGUUCUUGUAGAUGGGACAAAUUUAGCAAGAGAUGACAUCACCAGUGGCAGGAUUAGGUGAAUAGUCUGAAGUUUAUCUGAAGUUCUAGUGGAUUAUGUAACUGAAAGACAUUGUCACCCUGUAUAGGGAAUAUAGGGGAAUAAAAGGGAGGGGGUUAACAUGGACGUCAGAUCACGGGAAGGUCAGUUUACUCCAGAAGUAAGAAAUUCCAGGACGUUGUCUCCAUGCUUCAUGCUGUCAUCUGAAAUCUCUCGAUGCUGACUCAAGGACUACAGGUGCGGAAAUCUGGAGCAACAAACAAGGUGCCAGAGGAGCUCAGUGGGUCAGGCAGUGUCUGAAGAGGGAAAUGGACACUCAAUAUUUUGGAUUGAGACCCUUCAGCCUGGACUGAAAGAUAGAGGGGAGAGAGAGCAUAAAAAGAUGGGGAGUAGGUGUUGGGCAAAAGCUGGCAGGUGAUAGGUGGACCCAGGCGAGGAGUGGUGAAAGGCAGAUAGAGGAAGGGAGAGUGGAAAUAGCAGAAGAGGACAGGUGAAAGUGGUAAAUGGCUGAACAUAGUGGAACCGGAUGGGGGAGGAGGGUGGAACAUUGAACCUAUUAUGGGAGGUGGGAGUGCAGAUGGGAAUGGUUGAGGCAGAGGAAUCAGUGGGUGGAAAAGGGAAAGGAAAUAGGGUACUGGGGGUGCUAGGCUUGUGUAGGAGGAAUGGGUAGAUUUGGAGGAAAGAGUAAAUGGACAGAGGGGGAUCAGUUUACGUGAAAUUGCUUUCUGAAUUCUCCAGUGCUCUCGAUCUCCUUUUGGUUUUGAUUAUACUAUGGGCAUAUAUUUUUCCAGUGAAUGAGCUGAUUUUCGACCCAAAACAUCCUCAGCCUGUUACAGAAUUGCUAUUCAGAGGCUCUCAAGGCUGAAUUUCUGAAAGAACAUCUUGCCUGGACCUUGAUAUUUAAUGAUGAAUGUAUUACUUAGUAGUCUGUUAUAAUUAACUAAUGUAUUUCAUACCAAGUUUGUAAUUUUUAAUGAGUAUACUUCAUUCAAAACCAUUUUGUCCUUCCCAUACUUUCCCCAGCCUUUUCAGUCCUAAGCAAUCUCUGACACCACCCAGUACAAUGCCAAGUUCUUCCUUAUGAGAAACUGAGUCAAAAUGUAAACAAACAAGGGAGAAGCACAGAGAAGAGUUAUUCAGAGUUUAUUGCUUUGGAAUGAGCUCUCAUCCCUUUCAGAAAUCAAGAAGCACGUGGUUUCUGGUUUGCAAUUGGUAAGUGCUGCCUGAAAGAAACAGCUGAUUUGCAGACAAGACAGGAAAAAUAAUAUUCAUUUUCUAUUCAGAAGUAGUUGAGACAGAGGCUGGAGACCAAUGUGGUGGGACAGUGUCACAGUGCAAAAGGGUAGAAUCUGCCAUUUUCACAGGAUUGUAACUUAAGGAAGGCACUGUCCAUUGAACAACACAAGACAAUUCACCAUGGAAUAGCGGAAAGCAAAGGCUUUCGAUCAAUUCCAGCUUCCUGAUGUCAGGAUGUUCAGAGAAUUGGCAAGAUUUGAGUACAUUGUACAUUCUUCAUUUGAGUACAUUUUUCUGUUGAGAAUAUAUUAUCAAUCAAAUGAUAUUGAGACAAUACAUUCAGAGGGGAGUUAUCUCACCAGUCCCCUUCUCCAGUCAUCCCCUUGUGGAUCUGCAGUGUCUUUCUCUCACACAUUUCGAUCAACUUCGUUUUGAUAUUUUUACCAGUUCCCUACACUAAUGUGUAAUUUACAGCUGCCGAUUAACGUGCAGCAUAUCCAUCGGAUGUAGGAGGAAAGCAGGGCAGCAGGAGAAAAUCCACCUCAUCACUGGAGAACAUUCAAAACUCCACAUAUUACCAGUUGGUCAGGAUUGAUCCUGGGGCUCUGAGGCAACAGCUAUAUUAGCUGUGUUGCUCUGAAAUAUUAAAUCAGUCGUCACAAAUUGGGCGAUAUCACCCCACCCCCCAGGGUUGGUGGGAGUUUCUAAAGGGGUGAUAAAGAUAAAAGGGUGGUGGGCAGGUGCUUGGUAGCAAGGGGAAACGAGGGAUUACAGGCUUAAUUUAAGAAAUCAAUUACUUUUAUGAGUGUUUGAUUUUGAGGGCCUCAAAGCACAUUACCAACAGCAUACUGCACGUGACACAUAACACAAAUAGCACAUGUUUCAGAAUGAUUUUAGAAAAACAUACAGUCCCAAAGGAAAAACAAACUAAUAUACCCCAAGUGCCUAAGUGGCAUGACUGUAGAUUGUGCUGGGCCAGCUAGUUCUUCCAUUGAGCGAAUACUGGAGGGCAGCACUGAAUGAACAACAUAAGGCAGCGCUGAGCAAACACUGGAGGGCAGCACUGAAUGAACACCACAAGACAGUGCUGAGCAAACACUAGAGGGCAGCACUGAAUGAACACCACAAGGCAGUGCUGAGCAAACACUAGAGGGCAGCACUGAAUGAACACCACAAGGUAGCGCUGAGCAAACACUAGAGGGCAGCACUGAAUGAACAACACAAAGCAGCACAGAGCAAACACUGGAGAGCAGCACCGAAUGAACACCACAAGGCAGCGCUGAGCGAAUGUUGCAGAUUUUCUCUUAGGCUUUGCUCAAAAUGGGUUAUAGUUGUUGAAAAGCAAUGUGACAGCUCUGUAUUUGUCAUAUCAUGGGGAAUCUGGACUGACAAAAUGUGUUAUUUCUGGGCCUGCCUGCACAUUAUUGUUAUUCACUACUGAAGUACAGAGUUAGCUAGUGUGAUUCCCAUACUCUAAUCAUGCAGUGCCGCAAUCCCUGUGAAUUAGCGUAUGGUGUUCAAUGGGGUAAAGUUUAGAAUCUGCCCUUUCGAAUGGUCUUCACCACAUUUCUCUAGCUCACGACCUAACUGAGAUAUCGCUGCCUCACUUUAUGUACCUUCAGACAGAGAGUCAGGUUUUAUCUGAGCUAUGAUGACACUAUAACUUUCCAUUUUAUUCAUUACAGCAAAUGAGAGGGUCAUAAAUAAUAGGAAAUUGAGCAUGGUCAUUAAUCCACAAUGAAAAGGGCAGAAGCAGACCAAACAAAAACAAAGUGUGAACAGUAUAGUGUGGAGAAUUUGAAAUAUGUAUAUAUACCAGCACCAAGCAACCUACAGCAUCCAAUGUGCUGGUGUGAAAGAGAUUUUUCAAAUGAGGCAAUGAAACCAUCCGGGCUCCUUGAACAUUUGAAGAGAAUACACUCUGAUUAAACUAAUGAAACUUCGGCUUAUUUUCAGUCACUUCGUGAAAAUUUUCAGAAAUGGAAAUGGAAAACACUUCAAAACAUGUUUGCCAGCACUUCACAACAAAACAGUGAUGUGUCGUGUACUUCAUACAACAUUUCAUACAACUACUCAUUGCUAAGUCUAGAAAGCCCCAUACAAUUGGAGAAGAACUGAUUCUGCCAGCAGUAAGGGAGGUUCUGAGUAUGAUUUUGUACAAGUCACUAGACCAAAUAAAUAAAGCAAUUUAGUUCAGUGACAACUCUGUUCAAAGACAAAUAGAUGAAAUGUCCCAGAAUGUGAAAGACUCAUUGUGCAACAUACUUAGAAAAACAGAAUUUGCUCAGCAGUUGUUUAAGACAUGAGGUUUUUGCUUUCUUGAAAAAGGCAAUACCUAACAUAUUUACCUUUCAUUCUGUAAUGUACAAACAACAUCUUGUCGCAAAAAAACCUAAGUGAUCAACUGCACAUCAUUAAAUACUGUUAUCACAGAGAUAAAUAAAAUUAAGUCACGUGCUGUCAAUUCUUAACUAUUUCGAGAAUUUUCUAUUGAGAAUGAUGAACAGUCUGAAUGCUUGCUGUUGCACACAGAAGUCAGAUGGCUCUCAAAAUGAAACUGCCUGAGAUGCUUUUAUGCACUUUUUGAAACUGUAAUAAAAUUCUUCAAAGAUUCAAAUGCUUCAUUCAGUACUCAAGUCAAGGAUAUUAGACAUGACAUUACUUAUUUGUCAGAACCAUUUGCAAAGUUUAAUGAAAUUGAUAUUCAAUUGCAAAGGAAGUGAUGUGGAUCUUAUCAAUCAGUCAUUUCCAAAUUUCUGUCCAAAUUAGUGGCCAUCGCAACCUUUUUCAAUUUACGAACAUCACACAUAGUGAAGCAUAGUUUUAGAGCAGUUGCCCAACAUCUUUCAAUGUAUUGAAACAGACUGUAAAUUACUGAACAUAGCUUUCUGAGACACCUUGCAAAUGACAUUCAACCUGAUGUUGAUAAGCUGAUACCACUGCACCAAACCCAACUAUCUCACUGAAAGGUGAAAAAGCAAUGAAGUUGUGAAUAGUUGGGCUAUUAAUGUUCGCUCUAAAAUUGUUGAUGAAA